CGUAACAGAACAGGGUUUGCCACUCUUUCCAACUGCUACACGUCGCUGCCGUAAGCAGCAAUAAUAGCAUGCGCGAGCCCACACGCAACCCUCUUCUUCUCCGACACACCCACAGACCUUCACAACAUUCAAAACACCGCGUUUCGCUCUCCUGAAGAAAAUUUCUUCUCUUUGCGCGUGUCCCGUUCUCUUCUCCAGUCCUCCACACUCACCCAAAAGGGAAAAGCAAAACCCUGAUUUUCUUGUAACGUCAUUAGGUAUAUAUACAUAUUGAUUAUAGAUAUAUACCCAAAUGGAGGUUAAGCUAUGGAACGACAAGCGCGAGAGGGAAAUGUAUGAGAACUUUGCUGAGCUUUAUGCAAUAAUCAAGGCCACCGAGAAGCUUGAGAAGGCCUAUAUUCGUGAUAUAAUAUCCCCAUCUGAAUAUGAAAUUGAAUGCCAAAAACUCAUUGUCCAUUUUAAGACCUUAGCUUCCUCACUCAAAGAUACAGUCCCGAGUAUUGAGAGGUUUGCAGAUACCUACAAAAUGGAUUGCCCGGCGGCUAUAAACCGCCUGGUGAUCUCCGGGGUGCCUGCCACAGUGGAGCACCGUGCGGCUGCAUCUGCCUCCACAACCACCUCGGCUGCCAUUGUGGCGGAGUGCGUUCAGAAUUUCAUUACUGCAAUGGACUCAUUGAAGCUAAAUAUGGUGGCGGUUGAUCAGGUGCACCCGCUGCUGUCGGACCUCUCAGGUUCGCUCAAUAAGUUGACUAUUUUGCCACCGGAUUUCGAAGGAAAGACAAAGAUGAAGGAGUGGAUUGUGAGGUUGUCAAAGAUGGGGGCAGCAGAUGAGUUGACGGAACAGCAGGCUCGCCAGCUCCAUUUUGAUCUGGAGUCUUCGUAUAAUUCAUUCAUGGCGGCUUUGCCUAAUGCUGGUACGUGAUUGAUAUGGGUAAGCAUGUAAAUAACGGGGAUAAUCUUUUGUUUCGGUGAUUAUAUAAGUACUUUGUGCUUUUUUGUACUUCAUCUUGGUAGAUCCUCGGCGAUGGUUGGAAGAUUUAUAUAUUUGUGACGACCACUUAUACUUGUAGGGAUGACUGUCUAGUGGAUCCAAAUAUUGAUUCGUGCUUUAAAGAUAUGUUUUUCAUAUUAUGAUGUGAAAGUACUCAAUUUGAUUUCUCGGUUUGUUAUA